ACCCUAGUGCGCUGUUUGUUCUCUCGGCCGUCUCUCUCAAACCAGCCCGACUUGGCGCCGCCGACGUUUCGUCCUUCAGCCUGCAUUUGAAAAGAUGGUGAGAAUUAGUGUGCUGAAUGAUGCUCUUAAGAGCAUGUACAAUGCGGAGAAGAGGGGGAAGCGACAGGUCAUGAUCAGGCCUUCCUCGAAAGUGAUCAUCAAGUUUUUGUUGGUCAUGCAGAAGCAUGGUUACAUUGGUGAGUUUGAGUAUGUGGAUGACCACAGAUCUGGCAAAAUUGUGGUUGAACUCAAUGGAAGAUUGAACAAAUGUGGUGUUAUCAGUCCUCGGUUUGAUAUUGGAGUGAAAGAAAUUGAGGGAUGGACUGCAAGGCUGCUUCCAUCACGACAGUUUGGCUACAUCGUUCUGACAACAUCAGCUGGCAUCAUGGAUCAUGAAGAAGCUAGGAGGAAGAACGUUGGUGGCAAAGUGCUUGGCUUCUUUUACUGAUUGGAGUUUUAAGGAUCCGUUAGGAACUUUUUGCUUUCUAAGGAAUGAAUGUUUUCGUGCUUCGUGGACUUAGUGCCAUUCUUAUUUUAUACUUCAUUUAAACUUGAAUGUUUUUGCAUUGGACGUCGGAUAUCUUAAAUUUUGUUUGAGUAAAUUUUUGUUUAGUAGUAACUGCAUGGUAUUGGAAUCUUGGCUUUUUCCAUAA